CCCAAAGCAGUUUUUCAAUCCCCCCCAUACAAGAUGAAUUUCACGCUAUACCUUCUUCAUGAUGAUGUGUCCCUUCUAAUGUUAUUUAAACACCUUCUCCACUAAAAAGCUGCAGUCAGUCCUAAACAUGGCCCUGGGUUGGAUGGCGUUUAUUCUGUUUGGAGGGUGUAGUAUAGCGCUGGAAAAUACAAAGACCUUGACUGUGUCUCAAAGAUGCAUGAAGGACACCAACACGUUCCUCUGGGAAAUUAAGCAAGACAGGCCGAAGGAAUACGCUGUACUCAUGUACGAUGCAUUUGGAAAGCUGGGUAGCAAUGUCGAAGGAGGCAAUACCAACCAGCCUGGUCUGUUGCAGCAGUGUCGCUCUGCACACGGUCCCGCCUUCUCUGGACAGUACUGCCAGGUGUUCCUUAGGCAGGGAACAGUCCAAUACUUUGUGGGUAUUUGUGUUCCUGACUCCUGUGGGGAAGAUGAUGUGGAAAUGCUGAUCCUGUACGAGAGACUGCAGUUUGGUAAGACGUCCCUCAUCCCUCCUUUACCUCCCAUCCUGGUUAAUCAGUCCACUCAGGAGAUGAUCAUGACCCACUGCUUGCCCAACACCAUUGCCCCUGAUGCAUCAGAUGUCACCUGUCUGUUUGUGUGUUGUGCAAUGGUAGCAAUUCCUCUUGCAGCUACCCUGUUUACAGCUAUAAUACAGUGGCACCGGAACAGAGAGGUCAGUCCAAGAGCGGCGUCUUCCUGUUUAAACACUGGCCUGAACCUUUAUGGGACCCUGAAGACCAACAGCUCCUCCAGUAGCGAUAUAAAUAGCAGCACUUCAGAGGAAAAUAGUAGUCAAGGUACCAGGCGCACUCCACUGCGUUUUCCUCGAAGCUGUGUGUACUGGUGCCUUCAGGCGUUCUCUCUACAGACCACCAGCCAGGGUGUAUUAAGCACCUCCUCAUCCAUCCCAGGAGGAGGCUACUCCUCCCUUAAUGGCAUCCGUGUUCUCAGCCUGUUAUGGAUCAUGUGUGGACACUCUGCACAGUUCCCCGUAAUAAACAAUCUGGACAACUACAAAAACUGGAAGAAAACAGUUGAAAGCAGCCCUCUGCAUGUGCUCUCCAUCAGCGGGCCUGUUUUUCUGGCUGUGGACACCUUUUUACUGCUCGGGGGUCUGCUCAGUGCGAGGUCUCUGCUGGGAUCCAUCAACAGGGCUGAAGACAAGCUGAGUCCCAGUUUGGUCGCUAACUACCUCUUCAGGAGGAUUAAAAGGAUUCAACCACUGCAUUUGUUUAUCAUGUGUCUAACCAUCGGCCUAAUCUCACUGAUUCAGUGGGGACCCUACUGGUUUCCAUUUAUAGAUGCGCUGAUGGAUUGUAAGACCUACUGGUGGGCUAAUUUGCUGUUGAUUAGCAACCUGCUCCCAGUCCACGAGAUAUGUAUUCCUUGGACAUGGUACCUGUCUCUGGACUUCCAGUGUUAUGCCACCACUCCUCUGCUGGUCUAUUUUUACAGACUAAACAGAGGUGUGUUUGUGGUUGUCGCUGGAGGCCUUCUGCUGAUGACCACUGUGGUCAGUGCUGUUAUAACUGCACUCCUGCAGCUGCCGGUGUUUCAGCCAUCAACACUGACAUCUGAAAAUUACGUAUUGUAUUACUAUGUGAAACCCCACACAAGGUAUGGCCCUUUUUUAGUAGGAAUCUUGACUGGAAUAUACUUGACAACAAAGAAAAACCAGCUGUUAAAGCAAAAGUGGCAGGCGGUGCUUGGUUGGCUCUGCUGUCUGUCACUCAUGGCUGUGGUGGUGGGAUUGGCAUAUGUCCUCAGGGAGACCCCAGCUCAUCCAUCUGUGCCACAUGCCCUCUACCAGGGACUGCACAGGCCGCUCUGGGCUCUGGCUGUGACCUGGAUCAUAGUGGCCUGUGAGGAGGGUUACGGAGGUUUUAUCAAGAGCCUCUUGUCACAGGGUUUCUGGGUUCCUCUUUCUAACAUUAGCUUUGCCUGCUAUCUGACACAUCCUGUCUUCAUCAUCCUCUACAUCGGCUUGCAAGAGACCCCAAUCCACUACACAGACCUCAACUUUAUGUACAUGUUCCUUGGCCACCUGGUGCUCACACUGGUGGUCGGCUAUGUGUUUACUGUUCUGGUUGAGAAGCCUUACCUCCUCCUAAAAUGGAGCAGUACAUAACAAGACAAGUCAACACACAAAAGACUGUAUCCAGUUAACACCCU